AUGGAUUUGCAGAAAGCUUAUGACACUGUAGAUUGGCAAUUUCUUCAAGAGAUGCUGCAACAUUUAGAGUUCCCAGAAGAUUUCACUGAGUUAAUCAUGGAGUGUGUGACAACUCCAAAAUUCUCAAUCAUGGUCAAUGGUUCAAUGCAAGGAUACUUCAGUUCAGCUCGUGGUUUGAGGCAAGGAGACCCCAUGUCUCCUUUAUUAUUUGUGCUAUGUAUGGAGUAUCUCUCCAGAGUGCUGAAUGAAGUGAGUAACUUGCCUCAAUUUCAGUUUCAUCCUAACUGUAAGGCACUCAAACUCACACAUCUGUGCUUCGCUGAUGACUUAAUCUUUUGUUGCAAAGGAGAAUUUCCUUCUGUUUACUUGCUUCUUCAAGCAUUUAAACUGUUUUCUAGUACCUCAGGCUUGAAAGCUAAUAUGGAUAAAUCUUCAUUGUACUGUUGUGGCAUGAAAGGUAGAGAUAUUCAGAGAGUGGUUGAUGCAUCUGGUCUUCAAGUCAGCUCUCUCCCAUUUAAAUAUCUAGGAGUUCUAUUUGCUCAAAAAGGAUCUCUAUAG